ACACUUCCGGUUAUGAGUCAGCCUGCUUUACGGCAUUUUAAACAAACCAAAAUGUCAAGUUUGGUGGGUUGAUUAAACCAGAUAGCUGACAUGGUGCUUAGAAUGGAGUUUCCGUGGAUUUACGUCAGGAAGAAAAUUGGGUAAAGCCAGAGAAUCGUAAAAACUAUCGGCGUUUAUUGGGAGCUACGCGAGAUAUUUUUAAGGUUAUCUCGAAGAGACAACGUUAGCUAUGAGGCUAGCUGCAUAAGUAAUGUCCGAGUCAGCUGACUCAUAAGAGCACGGGCUAGAUAGGAAAGUUUUAAAUGUUUCAGUGAUCCAUAUUGUAGCAGUGAAUUAACAUGUUGUAGGUUUUUACAGCGUCCAGUAGUUCAGGUCAUAUAAGGAGACGUUGUCCAGGUAGCACAUAGCUUGCUAGAUGAGAAACAUGGCUUGUUUACUCGGUUGCAUAACUGGCUAGGGCUAGACUUACCUGUACUUAUUAACUACGGAUAUCGUGCCAAACGUCUUGCUAUCGAUCAGCCUUUCAGUUUGGGGAUAAAAGCAUAAAAAAUAACAGCAAAGCUGGUUAAUAAUUACAGUGGCAUUCAGGGAUUGUGCCACUCCCACUUCUCAUUCUCAGGAAGUCAUUUUAUGACUAAUAUUGUUUUAUAUUUUAGUGGCUGUUCUCAAUAUUAGCUGAUGUGUGAUUACUCAAAAGAUAUCAGGUCGAAAGCGGACACCAUGUGGCUCCAGCAGAGGUUAAAAGGUCUUCCUGGUUUGCUCUCAAGCAGCUGGGCCAGACGUGUAUUGGUUGUCUUGCUCCUUUUCUUAAUAUUUUACUGGUACCUGAGCCCUGAUAGGAUCUUCAAGUUCACCAGUUUCUUCCGGGAGUCUGGAGGCACGGCUGGAGUCUGUCUGCAGACUGAUAUUAACAGAUGGUCAACACAGGUCGACCGUGGUGAAGGCAUCAUGAGCACGCCGCAGAUGAAACUCUCGGUGCCGUUUGUAACAGGUAAUGGACAUGUUUUGGUGGACGUGGAUUCUAAUAAACUCUGGGUGACGUUGUCCUCUCAGCCGGGUUCAGCCCCAGUGCACCUGACGGAAUAUUCCCCCAUAGUACGAUGGCAGAUAGCUGGAAAGCGCUCGGAGGCACAGGCGAAAAUGUUGUGGUACCGGAAAGGCUCUGUGCUGUCUUCACGGUGUAUCCUGCUCGACACUUCCCAGUCCUCUCGGGAUUGCGUCAUCAUUCGAGAGGAACACAUCGCCCACCGUAGCCGACCUAACGUCUACAUUCAGCGGGUUCACAUUAACAACCCAACAGACAAAGCGAUAUCGGUCGAGGUGUCUGUGGAAUCGCCAUCGUUUAGGGGUGUUGCAGAAAAGGUGGACGAUAAAGAAUUCAUGAUGUCCACUGGUAAAGUUCUUACAGAAAAGAAGGAAACGGUGUUGAUGGCUGUGGGGACAAAACGUCUGAGCACGCGCUUUCAAGUGCCUGCAAAAUCUGAGCAUACUGAAAACAUUGUGAGCGUAAUUCACACGUCAGAGCCUGUCGAGCCCAUGCAGACGGACGACACCUUCAGCAAGCUUCGAGAUGACGUCAAAAGAGAAAUGGUGGAGUUGCUACGAGCAAAACUGGAGGAUUUGGUCCAGGAGCACCAGCAGGCUUGGGCAGAUCUUUUCAUAUCUGGUAUAGAGAUAAGGAAAAUCACGGACGCUCACACGCCGUCGAGCCGUACAGUCAACACUACACUGUACUACAUCCUGUCCUCCUCCACAGCCCCCCUGCUGGAAAGCAGCCUCAGCACAGAGGAGCGCGAUAAGCUGGAGGCAAGCCUGAACUACGCUGAUCACUGCUUCAGCGGCCACGCCACCAUGCACGCCGAGAACCUGUGGCCUGAGCGCGUGAGUGGCGCUGCUUCUCUCCUGCAACUAGUUAAUCUCUGGACAUUAACCCUCCAGAAGCGUGCCUGCAAGGCUCUGGUUUCCGCAGGUGCUCAUGGCAUGAUGCAAGCCGUGACGCUCAGCUUUGGUGGCCUCCAGUUCACAGAGAACCACCUGCAGUUCCAGGCCGAGCCGAGUGUCCUGCAUAACAGCUACUCGCUGCGUGGCUUGCGCUACCACCGGGACCGCAUCAGCCUCUCCGUGGUGGCCGACGCAGACGGCCGUCCCUCACUGCACGUCUCUGUCAAACCGCAGGACGAAGAGAAGCCGGUGAAGCUGUACGCCUGUGAGGCAGGAUGCAUCAACGAGCCGGUGGAGCUCACUUCUGAGCCUCGGGGUCACGUGAUCCCUGUUUUAGUGACGCAGCCUCUCACGCCGCUGCUCUACAUCUCGACAGACCUGAGGCACCUGCAGGAUCUGCGCCACACUCUGCACGUCAAGGCCAUCCUAGCACACGAUGAGCACAUGGCCAAGCAGGACCCAGGUCUGCCCUUCCUGUUCUGGUUCAGCGUGGCGUCUCUCGUCGCCCUUUUCCACCUCUUCCUCUUCAAGCUCAUCUACAACGAGUACUGCGGCCCCGGCGCCAAGCCGCUCUUCAGGAGCAAGUAUGAGGAUGACAUCUGACCUCCAUCAGGUAAUGUGUGAAGCCCUUCCUGAAGUGCUGAGGACAACGAGUCAAAUUCUCAUCAUCAGUUAUCUCUACAACCUGGUCAAUCCUUACCUUGGGAACUCACUGAAUAUUAUUAUUUACUAAAUUUAAUUAUAGAAAUCUGUGUUGCUCUGUUGGUGCUGUUAAAGUAGGAAAAACAGGAAAUGGCAUUUUAUAUUUGCAAAUAAUGUGCAAUAUGAUUAAACAUAAAAGGGAAAUUCAAUGUGCAUUGAAUGAUAAUGAAUGAAGAUAAUACGAUGCAGAGCUAAAAUGCACAUGAUUAGAGAAAUGCUUAUAUUUUAGGUAAUAUUUAAGGGGUUUUUUUAUUUAAGAUUUAAGGGACAUGAUGCACAGAAUAAUAAUUUUGCUUCAAGACUGGGUUUGUUCACUGAUUCUGAAACACAGUCUCACGUCUGCAAAUCACCAACAAUCCAUAUGGCUAACUUUGUGGGAAUGUGUAAGAAUGGGUUAGAGAUAGGGCUAGUCUACGUCUAAUAACUUUCUAAAACAAAUCACUCCUCCCUUGUUCAUUUUAUUUCAUACAUAGUUUGGAUUGAUUAGUUUGGGUUUAUUUAUUUUUAAUUCUAGGUGAUCUGUAUGUGAGAAGUUCAAGCAGAGAGCUGUUGCAAAGCUCAUUUUCUACCAACUUACUAGAGACUACACUGUUAAAGAAAGAACUGAUAGAGGUAACUAAAGGGUGAGACUUGUAGUAAGCAGUCGUAGCUACUUAGCUACGUAGCUAUUUAAUUUAGAUACAUGUACACUGAUCAGGUGUAACGUUAUGAGCAGUGACAGGUGAUUAUCUCCUCAUCAUGGCACCUGUUAGUGGGUGGGAUAUAUUAGGCAGCAACAUUUUGUCCUCAAAGUUGAUGUGUUAGAAGCAGGAAAAAUGGGCAAGCGUAAGGAUUUGAGCGAGUUUGACAAGGGCCAAAUUGUGAUGGCUAGAGGACUGGAUCAGAGCAUCUCCAAAACUGCAGCUCUUGUGGGGUGUUCCCGGUCUGCAGUGGUCAGUGUCUAUAAAAAGUGGUCCAAGGUAGGAUCAGUGGUAAACCAGUGACAGGGUCAUGGGCGGCCAAGGCUCAUUGAUGGACGUGGGGAGAGAAGGCUGGCCCGUGUGAGCCGAUCCAACAGACGAGCUACUGUUGCUCAAAUUACUGAAGAAGUUAAUGCUGGUUCUGAUAGAAAGGUGUCAGAAUACACAGUGCAUGACGGGUCAGGGCUGUUUUGGCAGCAAAAACAAAACCAACACAAUGUUAGGCAGGUGGUCAUAAUGUUAUGCCAGGCCAGUGUACUCUGUACUGUAAAAAGCUAGGUGUCAAACAAAUAAUGUUGCACAUUUAAAGUGAAGGAUGUAAUCAUGAUAAUGAUUAAGAGGGGGAAAGUGUUCCAGAGAUUGAGACAGUGAAAUCUGAAUAAGGUGCCUGUGCUUGCACUGCACAUAUGAUUGUCUCCUCUUGACAUGAUUUAUAUAGUGAUUUACACAAUCAUUGUAAGUUUUUCAUGUCUGUUAAAUAAUUUGUCCACAUACACUAAAUGGGGAUCUCUUUUAGAAUUGAUCCUAAAUCAAAAUAAAUGCUUUAAACCCAUCUUGACACUAAUCACUGACAUGAAAUUUAUAUAUACACAUAAA